AUGGACGCGUCGAACGUCGCGAACUGUGACUUGAGCACAGAAACGCAGGCCACGAGGAUUUGUCUGAAACCGUCAAGCAGUGCCACGCAACAGACAGCUUGCUUCGGAGAUUUAGGUGGACCAGUUGUUAGCAACGGUGAGCUGAUUGCGGUCAUUUCCUAUGUGCCCGGACUCCUCACUUGUCAAAGUUCCGAUUAUGCCGUUGGAACUCUGGUUGGGGCAUACACAAAGAUAAAGAUUUUCAGAAUAAAAUACAAGAGCUGGGUCGUGACUCUCGGGGACUUGACAGCGUCCAAACCUGAAGACAAUGAACAACGAAUUGACGGAGUCGGGUACUCGAACCCAUUUUACCCAUCAGUGUACUCUGGAUCCGACCCCAAGGACAUCGGACUAGUAAAACUGAAAGUGGGAGCAGUGACAGAUAAUACCAAUGUUAAAACCAUCGCAUUAUCCACCGACACUUUGCAUUAUGGUACCAUGGAAGUGACCAAUGUUGCCUAUUGUGGAAUGACUGUGGAGAAAACAACCAGACGACUUUGCUUGACGCCCUCCCGUACCACAACCAAGCAAUCUGCGUGCUUUGGAGAUUUGGGUGGACCUGUGGUAUACAAUAACCAACUAAUAGCGAUCAUGACUUACAUACCAGGAACCAUAUCCUGUCAAGCCACAGAUUACACAAUUGGAGUUCUCAUCGGCCCGCAAUCGGAUUGGAUCAAGAAGUUUACGUGAAGACAUUCUCUCAAUUAAAAAUCCCGAAUACCUCCCCAGAAAUUGAAUUAAGACUUAUUGCACCCUUUGUAAAUGAGACUUGAUGAAACACUGAAAUGUUUUCAGAACGGAUUCAUGAUUCUUCCACCGAUGCCGCAAGUGUGAUAACAGAUAACCACUCCCAAAUUGAUACUCAUUUCCUAAAAAAUUGAAAUCGCGGAGUCAAAAAAAAAGACGAGAAACUGGGUUUUUACUACUGUAUUCGCUAUCGCAAUGUUAAAGAAAAUCAUUCACUCACG